AUGUCCAAGCUGGCUCGCCAAGUUGCUCUUGUAGAUGCACACUGCCCUUCCGACCAUUCUCCUAUUUGCUUGCUAAUUUACGCCACUCAAAACGGCUGGAAGCUGCCAAUCAUGUGCGAGGAACUUGGCGUACCUUAUGACUGGGCGCUUGUAGACUUCGCCAAGAACGAGCAGAAAAGCCCGGAAUUCCUCAAGAUCAAUCCGAACGGUCGCAUUCCAGCCCUGAUUGACAGGGAGGCAAACAUCACUGUGGCGGAGAGCUCCGUGAUCCUCGAAUACUUGGCUGAGAAAUAUAAGUCCCCACUGCUGCCUGUUGCUUUGCAGGAGAAGCUCCAAGUAAAGCAGUGGUUGGCAUGGCAGGUUUCGGGCCUUGGGCCCAUGAUGGGCCAAGCUAUGGCAUUUCAGCGGCUGCUGUCCGUCAAGGGACAGCACGACGAACUGGCCAUCAGCCGAUUCGUGGCGGAAUCUGAGCGGCUUUUCGGAGUGCUCAAUACCCAGCUACGGGACUCGGGGGGUCCCUUCAUCAUGGGCAAGCAGGUCACUGUGGCAGAUGUGGCGUGCUUCCCCUACUGCGCGAGCGCCUUCUGGGCAAACGUUUCCGUGGACCAGGUACCAGAGCUCAAGGCCUGGGUGGAGAUGCUUCACCAAAGGCCCUCCUUCAGCACCGGAGUCGCCAUCCCCUUCGCGCGCCCGUCCUUCUUCGGGCCGCCGCAUGCCACCCAAGAGGAGAUCCAAGAAGAGAUCGCCAGAAACGCAGGGCAAUUUAAUAUCGCGACGAAGCAGCCGGGCAAACCAGCCUGA